AUGUCAGGGUUAGAACAAUCAUUAUUUCAACUUAAAUUCACUGCCAAACAAUUGAAUAAACAAGCCACUAAGGCUGGAAAGGAAGAGCUCCAAGAAAAAGCCAAAGUUAAAAAGGCUAUGACUCAAGGUAAUAAUGAUAUCGCUCAAUUAUACGCUCAAAAUGCUAUACGUAAAGCCAAUGAAAGAGUAAAUUUAUUAAGAUUAUCAUCAAGAAUAGAUGCUGUUGCCUCACGUGUACAAACAGCUGUCACUAUGAGAUCAGUUACAGGUAAUAUGACCAAUGUUAUAAGAGGAAUGGAUAAAGCUUUACAAACUAUGAAUUUAGAAAGAAUCUCCAUGGUAAUGGAUAAAUUUGAAAAUCAAUUCGAAGAUUUAGAUGCUUCUACUAAUUAUUAUGAAAGUGCCACCAAUAAUGUUAAUGCAUUAACCACUCCACAAGAACAAGUUGAUGAUUUAAUGAACCAAAUAGCUGAUGAAGCCGGUAUUGAGAUGAAACAAGGAUUGAAUGAGACUAAGGUUGAAAUCAAUGCUCCACCAGUAUCAAAUAUGACUGAAGAAAAGGAAGAUCAAUUAGCUGAAAGACUUAGGGCUUUGAGAAAUUAA